AUGUCUUCACCGUCGUUGUGUCUAUAUCAACUUCCGCCAGAGCUUUUGCAACAGAUACUGCACAGACUACCACGAUCCAGUCUGGCUCAGCUCUGUCUUACAGCUCAGCGCUUCUACGAGUUAUGUUUGCCCAAGCUCUACAGACAUCUCAAUCUAAGUUUUCGCAGCCACAUUCACCAACUUGAAAUGGGCCUGCAACAUCGUCCAUUGCUACGAGACACUGUUGCACGGCACACCAAAGAACUAACACUUGUGUGUCGACAGAGCGGCAGCAACAUGAGCGACCUUACCAAGCUACUUCCCAAACUACCGCAUGUUCACACGCUGACCUUUGUGGAUUUCCACGUCCUGUUUACCGAAAGUGUCUGCCAGCUCGCACUCUACUGUCGCCACCUCCAAACGCUCCAGUUCCGAUACUGCAACCUCGUCAGCACAACCCACAACAUCCACGCCCUGUUAGCGUCGCCACUGAAGCGCGUAAACCGAUUAUCGAUGGUGUGGACGGAUUUCUCAGAAACGGCCUUGUCCCAACUCUUGUCCUGCUUGCCCGAUCUGACGACGAUCGACCUUGGCGCCAACCACAACCGAAUACGCACGGCCAACGAUAGUGCAUUGACCGCACUGACCCAGCAUUGCUUUCAUAUCCGCAACCUCGCUGUGUCACUCCAACACAUUGAGCAAGAGAGCUUGUGCGACGUCCUCGCUUUUUAUGGAAACCAGUUCUUAUCGAUCCGCUGUGGGAGUAGUCCCAGGAUUCUUGGAACUGUUGCCACUUUUUGCUCCCACGUCGUUCAUUUGUCCCUGCGCGCUGCGGGUCGUCAGCGUCAGAAGAGUCAUGCUUUGGAGCAUGUUUUGCGUCAGUGUACUCGUUUGCGUUGGCUCGAGUUGUCGGGUUGGUUAAUUCAGGAUAUUCCUUCGGUUGUCUGGUCCGUCAUUGCCAGGAAACGUCGUCUGGGUUGCAGCAGUAGUCAUAGUGCUGCUGCUGCUGAUGGUAGCGGUAGUCGUAGCCAUGGCAACAACAGCAGUAGUAGCAGUAGCAGUAGUGCUGGCGAUAGGAUGGUUGACAAUGGUGAUUGGCAGUAUUAUUUGGACGAUGCGGCUAUGCUUCAACAACGGAGUGGGGAUAUACAGUAUCGUCAAGUAGGCAACUUGAAAAAGACGCUGAUUCUCGAUAGUCAAGAACUUUACGAAAUACGGAACCGCUUAGCAUAA